AUGGACGCCAGCCAUGACGCAAGAGGCCAGGAAACCCACGGGGUGGGAAGCCCUGGCCAGUUACUGCAUCACAUCUUUGAGGACCAAGUGUCCAAGAGCCCCGAGAGCUGUGCCUUGGAAUUCUUUCACCGAGGCCGUCUUACGUACCAUGAGCUCAACAACCAGUCCAACUCUCUGGCACGUUUCUUGCGUGAGAAACAACUUCCUGGUAGAGAUGUCGUUGCUCUAUCCUCGGAAAAGUCGCCGCUCCUCGUCGUUGCGGUUCUGGCCGUUCUCAAGGCUGGCAUGGUUUGGAUACCACUGCCUGCUGAUGCAACAGAGGAUCGGGCCCAGUACAUCUUGGAGACUUCUAAGGCCGGUCUCAUCUUAAACUACACUUCGAAUGAACCCCCCAUCAGGAGUGACUUGGAUGUCAUUCACCUGAAUGAGAUGUAUCAAGACGAUAACCCCUUACCCUACAAUACGACAAACCUAGAUCUCGACUCUCGCUCCGAGAGAGAUCUCUGUCAUAUCCUCUUUACCUCCGGCUCAACGGGAACCCCCAAGGGCGUCAUGAUUGAACAUCGAGCUGUGAGGCACAACGCCCUGGAGCUCACCAAGAUGUUCAACCUCGACUCAAAUACGCGGACCCUACAAUUUGCCGCACCUACGUUCGAUAUCUUUGGACUCGAUCUUUUUAUGACGUUCGCCUGUGGAGGGUGCCUAGUCAUGGCACCCCGGGAACUCAUGAUGGAAGACAUGACUGAGUUCUUGGUUAAGAUGAACAUUACCUACACGCAAUUGACACCAACCGUCAUCCAGACCAUGGACCCUGAGAGGGUGCCAAGCCUCCGGGUGUUGGCUAGUUCCGGAGAGGCUCUCCCUCAAUCAUUGGCUGAUCGAUGGAGGCAUAACGUCAAACUGUUGAACGCCUACGGACCAACUGAGACAAUUGUCUGCACAGUCGAGGACCUCACCGAAAACAAGGACAUUGACGCGACGUGUGUGGGCCGUCAAGUCUCUGGGCUCGAUGUACGGCUUUUGGCUGAUGAUGAAGCGAGAUCAGUUCCACUCGGCGAAGUUGGAGAGAUUUGCGUGGCAGGUCCUCAACUUCUUCGUGGCUACCUUUCAAGCAAGGGUCAGUUUCAGCCGCCCGAGUGUUACAUCGAUGGUGCGAAAUUCUACCGCACAGGUGAUCUUGGACGAUCGGAGCUCUCGAAAGCUGGAGUUCGCACCAUCAGACUUAUCGGCCGUCGGGAUGCCGAGGUCAAGCUUCGCGGUAUCCGUAUCGACCUAGCUGAAGUCGAGCGAUCCAUCGUCACUUGCUCGCAGGUGGAUAAGUGUGUUGUGGUCAUGCCUCGAAGUGGGAGUCCUUCUGGGAGUCUCUCUACCUUUGUUGUGUUGAGCAAUGUGCCUGAUGCAUAUAACACAGCAUCCUCUUUCGCCACAGACCGGAUCCAACUCCUUGGAUCUUCUAAAUGGACUUGCUCCAUUCUUGGGGAGGCCAAGAAGGCGGCGUCAAGACAGCUGCCUUCUCUUACCAUGCCAAAAAUGUGGUGGCCUAUAAGAAGGAUACCCUUAACCUCCAGUGGCAAGGUCGAUCGUUUCCAACUACGCUCUUGGCUGGAACAAUUGCAAGAAGACGACCUUCUCGAACUCAUCCAAAGCUAUGGCUCCCAAGCGUUGGAUCAUACUCUUGAAGCUAGCGUCGAGGAGCGGCAGUUACAGACCGUAUGGGCAGAGGUCCUCCUUCGGCCUGCCUCGGCCAUCCCCGUUUCGGACUCUCUGGCGGACCUUGGAGCUGACUCACUCGAUGCAAUUCGGAUGGCUAGCAAGUCAAGAGCCGCUGGGAUUGACGUUAACGCCGCCGACAUCUUCUCGGCAAAGACAAUACGAGAACUUGCCAAGCGUUGCAAGCCAACGGCUAAGAAGCAGACAUCAACUUCAGUCACAACGCCACCUCCUUACCGAUCAUUCAGCCUCCUUUCUCCAAACACGCCCCUGGCACCCUUGAUACAAGAUGUGGCUGAGAUGUGCUCAGUCCCAGUCGCCGAUAUUGAGGACAUCUAUCCCUGCACGCCUUACCAGACAGCACUUAUGGCCUUGGACAUCAAGUGCCCUGGCUCAUACAUCUGUGCCUUCAGUUGGUCUCUCCGUCAUGAUGUAGAUCCCGCUGGCCUACAACGUGCUUGGGAUACUCUGAUGAGAUCUCAACCAGCACUGCGAAAUCGUCUCAUCUGGGAUGUCGAUGAGCAGCAAUUCUUGCAAGUCCAAGUCCGACAUCGCCCAUGCAAGUGGAGCGAGUCUCUCUAUGAGGCAGAUAUGUCACUAGGCUCUGAUCUUUGCCGUGGAUUGGCCCUCUGGGAUGAGAGCCGGCAGCAGUGGACGUUUCGCCUCCGGAUUCACCACAGCAUCAUCGAUGGAUGGUCCUUGCAGCUGAUGCUCAACCAGCUCAAGAGGACAUACUUUGAUGAAGAGGACAAGACGUUGGACAGCGCUGUCUACUCGCAAUUUGUCCAACAUCAACUCAGGGAGCGAGAAAUGAUGCGAAGUGCUUCGGCCCAGUUCUGGACGGAAUAUCUCGACGGCUACGAGGGUGCCGAGUUUCCACCUGAACCCCAAGAUCCUCAUCACGAUGUCCAUGCUACGGAUCAUCAGUCGCUCACAGUAACACUCAAGCUCCAAGACCUGGCCUCUCGAUUCGGCGUGACUCCGGCUGUCAUUCUGUAUGGCGUCACUGCACUGAUACUGGCCACGCACGGUGAUACCGAGGAUGUGUCCAUGGGAUUGAUCAUAGCAGGAAGAGAUGCGCCUGUUGACGGAGUGUUUCACAUGAUAGGCCCUGCCUUUGCAUGUGUACCUUUCAGAACUCGCCUUGAUCAUCAGAUGCCGCUGCAAGAUUUCUUCCAGCGAGUUCAUGCCCAGAUCCUUGCCAUAAAUCCCCACCAACAGUAUGGUCUCGAGCACAUCAAAAAGUGCGGCCUGGGAGGUGCCACUGCUUGUCAACUAAAGACUCUAAUCGUCGUUCAACCUGAAGAUGAGCGACUGGCUGGCGAAGGACUCUGGUCCGAGGUUCACGGUCAAACCUCAGGCCUAGCCGAUAGUAUCCCCUUCUCUCUUGAGUUGGUGCUAGCAGAUGACAAGGUCUUGAUCAACUGCAACUCGGACCCAGCUGUUCUGUCUCUGCAGCAUGCUCAAAUGGUUACUGGGCAUCUGAAGCGAGCUCUCGAGAGUCUUUCGGGCCUUUCUACUGAACAAACUGUCAGGGAUGUUCAAAUGUCGCCCGAGAACCAGGAUCAGCGCAUGUUCGAGUGGAUCGAGUCGUAUGGACCUGCAGUCGAUGUUUGCUUGCACGAUCUGCUGAAUAGUUCAGCUGAUGCCUACCCCGACCAUGAUGCUAUUUACGAAAGCGCAUCGGGAAAAAGCCUGACCUUCCGAGAGCUUGAUCUGGUCUCUAGCACCCUGGCAACGUAUCUCGCUACUUCAUGUCAUGUGUCACCAAAGUCGAUCGUCCCCAUCGCCAUGGAGAAGUCCGCUCUCGCUAUCAUCACAAUAUUUGCAAUCCUCAAGACUGGCUCUGCUUAUAUCCCACUCGAGCCUAGUUGGCCGCUUGAACGUGUUCGAAAAAUCGUGGAUGAUGCAGGUGCCGUUGGUAUCGUCUGCUCGUCUGCCCUCGUGGAUCGGUAUAGGAGUUUGCAACAACAGCUUAUCACAAUUGAUGAGCGAUGGACAGAUCCAAGCCAUGCUGAUCCAUCUGAGAAAAUCCUUCCUCGAGUAUCUCCUUCUGACUUGGCUGUGCUGAUGUACACAUCCGGCAGCACCGGGAUGCCCAAGGGUGUGAUGCUCGAACAUCGAGCGUUGAGUACCAGCUUGACUCAUCUUGCUCGCUGUUUUGCCCUCCAAGCUGGUGACCGACACCUUCAGUUCUCGUCUUUUGUCUACGACGUGAGCAUUUCGGACAUCUUCAUCCCUCUGCUGUCUGGGGUCUGUAUCUGUGUCCCAACCGAUGAUGAGCGACUCAAUAGACUGUCCGAGACGAUACGAAGAAUGGAGAUAAACUCGGCCACACUUACACCAUCAAUGACCGGACUCAUUGCUCUUGAAGAUGCUGACACUCUCAAGACAAUCAUGACUGGUGGUGAAAUGACGAGCCGCGCUCUCAUCCAGACAUGGGCACCACGGAUACGGUUCCUGAAUGCCUACGGGCCAACCGAGGCUUCCAUCACUACGACGGUGACGGAUCCUCUGACAGUGGACUCAGAUCCUGGCGUCAUUGGUAGAAACGUCACUGGGUGGCAUCUGAUUCUUCGGCGUGAUCAACGCGGCCAGCUCUACGAGGCACCACCGGGCUGCACAGGAGAGAUUGCCAUUGCUGGACACAGUCUUGCCCGGGGAUAUUUCCACAACGAAGAGUUGACGGAAAAGAGCUUCGUGAACCUUCCGUCAUUGCAAGGAUCACAACUCCCAUCGCGUGUGUAUCUCACGGGAGACAUUGGACGUUACGAACAAGACGGCUCUGUUCGCAUUCUUGGCCGUCGAGACAGGAUGAUCAAGAUCAAUGGAAUCCGUGUCGACCCUGGAGAAGCAGAGGAUCAACUCAGGAAGCUCGGAGAGCAGUUCUCUUCAACAGUGGUUCAGUGUACCGUUGACGAAAACAAGGUCUCCCGGUUGACUGCCUUUGUCACCGUCAACUCUGAUCACGUCAGAACAAACGAAGCCUUCAUCCUUCUGGAUGAAUGCAACUCCAAGUUCCGCGAGAUGUGCCGCGAAGCACGGUCUCGUCUACUUGAGCUUCUCCCAGUGGCCUACGUCCCCACCAUCUUCGUUCCAGUUCGUUGCAUCCCCUCUACAGCUUCCGACAAGGUGGACCUGAAGCGACUCAGAGAUGAACUGCAGAAGCUACCAUUAGCACCCUUCAUCAUCACGGCGGACAACAAGACAGAUCAGGACACGGCAAUCGAUGCAGAGUUGGAGACACCGAUCGAGCUGGUCUUGGAGAAUGUCUUGCGUAAGGUCUUCAACAUCACCGGGCGCUUGAGUGCAGCUGCCGACUUUUUCCGGCUAGGCGGUGAUUCAUUCACGGCCAUCAAGCUUGUGAGCGCCGCCAAGGAGAACAACCUGGAGAUUACAGUCCAGCAAAUCUACCGCCACCCCCGACUCAGAGACCUGGCAGUUGUUGCGCGGUUCAAGAGAGCGACGGCCGUUGAAGCUGAGGUCGAGACGCAGAAAUUUUCUCCUUCGACCACUGUUUCUCAAGAGGUAUGGAAGGAGAUUGAGGACACGCUGGGGGUUACUGCCGACGAGAUCGAGGAUGUGUAUCCAGCAUCCCCCUUCCAAGAAGGACUCAUGGCAACCUCGUUGAAUGGUGCCUUCGGAGACGAAAAGGCAGCUUACCACGCCAAAAUGGUCUUCCAACUGGCAAAGAACACGGAUACUGCUCUCUUGGCACGGGCGAUGGACAAGGUCGCUUCACGGAACCCGAUCCUACGAACAAGGCUUGUGUCCACAUCUGAUGGGCCAGUUCAAGUCGUUCUCAAACACUCGCCAGAUCAAAGGGAACAGAUGAACACCGAUGCUCUUUUCCAAUACCAGAUUGCCACAGAUUCCUUCCAGCAUCCCACAAGUAUGGUCAUCAGCAUGCACCAUGCCUUGUACGACGCCCCUACACUGCAUCUUCUACUCCAGGACAUCAACUUCUGGUACAACAAUCCCAUGGGCGUCAAGCCUUUGCCUGUUCCCUACCGAAAGUUUGUUGACUACCUCGACUCGACAGACUUGGAAUCUGCAACCCAGUAUUGGACAGAGACUCUCCGUGACGCCCCAUUGACACCCUUUCCACCAGUGGGGGACCAUGAAGAUCAGAUACGAGCGACCGAGCACCUGGAUCUGAGCACAAGAGUAUCUUUGGAUCUCUUUCAAAAGUCUGGAAUCUCCCCUGCUACCUCUGUAGCAGGUGCUGUGGCUCUGCUCCUGUCGUCCUACAGCUUUGCCGACCAAGUCUGCUUUGGCAUGACUCUCUCCGGGCGCGAUAACCCUGAACUCGAGGCCGUCAUGGGACCUACACUUUCAACUGUUCCAAUGCGUGUUCGUGUAUCAACUGAGCAAUCAACGAACUCUCUGCUUCAAACUAUUCAGAGCUCGAUUUUGGAUAUGCGUCAUCACCAGCACUUUGGCCUCAAGAACAUCAUGCGGCUUCCGGAGCAAGGUCCUAAGAACGCUAGUCGGUUUAAGACGCUCCUUGUUGUUCAGCAGUGUCAAGACAGCAGCGAUGACCCUCCUGGAGUCAUUGAGAAGCUGAUGACCAACGAAUCCUCGAUGUAUGUCGAGUAUCCUCUGGUUAUCAUUGCACAGAUAAGCUCGACCACAGGAUCAGUUGACUUCAGAGUCGAGUUUGAUCCCAACUGCGUCUCAGAGAUCCAGGCACGACGAUUCAUUCAGCAGCUGUGGAAGACAAUGGGAGAGCUUGCAUUUCCCGACCGUCUAGCGUCUGAGCUGGAUUUGAUUAGUUCCGCUGAUCUGGCUGAUAUUGCAGCAUGGAAGCCUUCACCUCCCGAGCCCCCGUCUCGAAGCAUCUGCCAAAUGUUUCAAGACAUCGCUUCACGACAUCCCGACCUCCCAGCCGUCGAAGCUAUCGUAGGCGAGCGACUUGAUACGGUGCAACGGAUGACGUACAAAGAGUUGGAUGGCAAUUCCACCGUGCUCUCUGAGGCGAUUCGUCGACGUGCCCCCAACAGCGCGCGAAUCGUUCUCUGCCAUCACAUCCCCUCACUUAUUCUUACGGGCAUGCUGGCAGUCUGGAAGGCCAACAAAGCGUUCACAACUAUGGAUCCAUCUCUGCCGGUCGAACGCAGGCAUGCAAUUCUCUCUGAGCUUGGAGAGGAUACGGUCGUCCUAACGGAUUCUUCUGAAGCCCAGAGCUUUGCCCGUUAUCACACCUGCAUCCUUGACGAGAUGUUAUAUGAGGCUGAUGGGAGCCACGUUGUGUCAAGCACCCACAGCCUUUCAGAUUCCGCCUAUGUUUUCUUUACCUCUGGAAGCUCCGGCACACCCAAGGGAGUUGUGGUAAGGCACUCGGCCAUUGCUUUGUCUCUCUCAGAUGUCAGCGCAACAAUGGGGCUGGACAACACAACCCGAAUGCUUCAGUUCGCAACUUGCACAUUUGACACGAGCCUUCUGGAGAUCUUUGCGACUUUGAUUUCCGGGGGUUGUGUUUGCCUUCCUGCACCGAGUCAACGUCUUGAUGGAAACCUUGGUCACGCAAUCAACCAACUGCGAGCGAGCCACCUGGUUCUCACACCGACCGUCGCCGGGCUUCUCUCACCCCAAGAACUCCCUGGUGUCCAGUCAUUGAUGCUCGUCGGAGAGCCCCCUUCGAAGCAACUCAUCGAGACUUGGUCUGAGAGUCCCAUUCAGGUGAUGAACGGCUACGGUCCCACGGAAGCCAGUGUGCACACAUCGACAAACGCAACAUUGAAGCCCAAUGAUCCUCACAACAUUGGACGAGCAACUGUUUGCAACCUUCUUCUCGUGGUACCAGAUGAGCCUGACAAGCUUGCUCCUAUUGGGGCCAUUGGAGAAUUGGUCAUCUGCGGCGAGACCGUGGCAGAUGGUUACCUCAAUAACCCCGAGCAAACAAAGGAAGUCUUUGGAACAAAUCCUCCUUGGGCCACAUGGACAGACACAACUUCUACAGCCCGCUAUUACCGUACGGGCGACCUGGCACGUUAUGCCCCGGAUGGAUCCGUCAUCUACAUGGGUCGGAAGGACCUGCAGACUAAGAUCCAUGGGCAGCGUCUCGAACUCUCAGAGAUCGAGUCUCAUAUCAGGAGAUCUGGUCACUUCACAGACUGUGUGGUGGAAGUGCUGCCCUCCGCAACACUUGUGGCGUUUGUUCUCACCAGUGAGCUUGGAACUGGUGUCUACAACAACCCUCUGCCAGCGGGCCAAAUAGACGAGGCAGCUCUGAGUCAAACACAGAGCCGCCUGCGCUCAGCUCUUCCAGAGUACAUGGUUCCCACUGUCUACGUUCCCUGCGCAAGCUGGCCCACAACGGCGUCAGGGAAGAUUGACCGUCGACGCCUACGUGCUGAUGUCGAGCCUUCACUGGAAAGCUACAGAUUCCAGCAGAAGGGGUCAAAGAGAGACGCUGGGACAGCAGAGCAAAGGACUUUGUUUUCGAUUAUCUCUGAGGUCAUGUUGAUCACGGAAGACAAGAUUGGCCUGGACGACUCCCUCUCCUCGUUGGGCGGUGACUCCAUCACCAUGAUUCGCAUACUUGCUCUUGCUAGGCAGCGCAACUUGGAUAUUGAUGGAACCAAUAUCUUUCAGUCGACCACUCUCGAAGAAAUGGUCAAGAAUUCAAGUUCAAAAUGGUUGGUGCACACUGGUGAGGGUAUUGCUGCCCCCACGCCAUUCUCUUUGGUUCCUUGGAUGGAAGAGUGUGCCCUUCGCUCCAAGGUUGCUACCCAGUGCCAUGUUCCCAUCGAGUCGAUUUUGGACGUUUAUCCCUGCACUGCCAUGCAAGAAUCCCUCAUGAUCGCAUCUGCCAAGACACGAGGUGCCUUCCUCAACCAGGAGGUUUUCCGAGUGCCCGCUGAGACAUCAAUCGACAACCUCCUUCAAGCUCUUCGAAUUCUCUGGCACCACCAUGACAUUCUGCGAACUCGGAUCGUCCUGGACUCGGACUAUCGGGGUCUGCAGGUUGUCAUUCAGGAAGAUGUGGACGUGCGUCAAAUAUUCUCAGAGAGCAUUGAUGAUUUCCUGCAGGAGGAUAGUCUUACAGCCUUUGAGUAUGGAGCAAAACUUUCCCGAUGUGCAAUCAUCACCUCAGGCUCAUCCUCGUAUCUUGUUUUGUCCCAGCAUCAUGCAAUGUUUGAUGGUUGGUCUAUGAACCUUCUGAAGGACGAGGUACAGAAACUGUAUCGCGACCCAGACGCCCAGCUUCUACCAAACCAGGCGUAUUCCUCAUUCGUCCGCCACUCCCUGGAUCUAUACAAUAAUUCUGAAGCCCAACGUUUCUGGAAGACUCAGCUCGCCGACAUCCAACUUGGUUCACUACCCCAAGUGCGACCCAACGAGACGUUUGCUGCCAACCGAAAGCACAUUCUCACCGUUGACUUCACCAACAAGUGUUCCCACACGCUAUCAACUCUGGCGGAAGCUGCCUGGGGUAUACUUCUGGGGCGAUACUUUGACUCUGAAGAUGUCUGCUUUGGUAUCGUUCGGUCCGGACGAACGGUCCCUGUUCCGGGAAUUGACACGCUCAUUGGUCCUACUCUUGCAACCAUUCCCCGUCGCUUGCGUCCAGUGCGGGAGCACGGAGUCCAAUCCUAUCUACAGAAAGUCCAAGGCGAGGCCAUCCGAUCCAUGCCAUGGGAGCAGUACGGUCUGUCGAAUAUCCGGAAGAUUGACGACGACACCUUGCAGGCCUGCAAUUUUAGCUCCAUGCUUGUCGUUCAACCACCGACUGUUGAGAACACGGAAGCUUUGCUGAUACCUGAGGACCACUUGGCCAAGGGCUUCAUCGAUUCGGAUUGUGUCAUCGUCGAUUGUCGGCCGACUGGAGACGCCAAGAUUACAGUCACCAUCAUUUACGAUGACCGUCUCAUGUCCGGUGACGAUGCCCAGUGGAUUGCGUACCACUUCUCUCAGACACUUGAGCGGUUGAGCUCGGGUCAAAGCACUACCAUUGGCCACUUGGACCUCUCUGGACAACAGAGGCUGGAUCAAGAGUUCGAUUGGAACAGCACUGAAAUUGACGCCUGCCACCGACUCGUGGAUGAGGUUUUCAGCGAGAGAGCAUCUCAGUGGCCCGACCUGCUCGCGGUUGAGGGUCCUGAUGCCAGCCUCUCGUAUCAGCAGUUGGAAACCUUAUCGUCUGUUGGGGCAUUCAAGCUUCGGUCUGAGCACGGCGUACGCCGAGGGGAUCUCGUGCCGCUGUUGAUGAGCAAAGAGGCGGCCAUGGUCGUCGCGAUGUUCUCUAUCCUGAAGGCUGGAGCAGCCUAUGUCCCUCUUCCAUCAGAUGUUCCGCUGGAUCGUCUACGCUUCAUCAUAGGAGAAACUGAUUCCCGGUUGGUGGUGACUACAGCCAAUUACGACCAUUUGGCUCAGGACUUGUCACUUCCAGCCGUCACUUGGGACGUUGCGCAGCUCCAGAAACAAUCUUCCCAAGGGUCCACCAGUGGCAACGCUAUAGAUGACAGUGACGAUUCUCGCUCUUGCUCAGAUCUUGCCUACCUCCUCUUUACUUCUGGUAGUUCAGGAACACCAAAAGGAGUCAUGAUUGAGCACUCGGCUUUGGCGACGACUGUCCUAGUGAACGGCCGCCAUCACACAGGCUACCAAGUGGGAACGCGCACCCUCUCCUUUGCUGCCUACACAUUUGAUGUCAAUGUCAUCGAGGUCUACAUGACACUCCUUCACGGCGGUUGUCUCUUCAUCCCACCCGACGAUCGACGACUCGGAGACCUCUGCGGCUACAUCAAUGAGAAGCAGAUCGAGUUCGCCUACUUGACUCCGACCACGAUCCAAAGCUUGGUUCAAUCACCAAGCCGUGUGCCAUCAAUCAAGACAUUGCGAUCCGGCGGCGAACCUCUGUCCAAGUCAAUCAUGGAGACAUGGAGCCAGAGUGUUCGACUCAUCAACUCGUACGGCCCAACUGAGACGUGUGUCGACGCGAGCCAAAACCCAACAGUCACGGCCAACAGUGAUCCCAACAACAUUGGAUUUGCCAUUGGAGCUUAUCUUUGGGUCGUCGACCAGGGUGACUACACGUCCCUCGCACCUAUUGGAUGUCCGGGAGAACUUUUGGUCUCUGGACCUACUCUGGGCAGGGGAUAUUUCAAGGAUGAAGAACGCACACAAGCAGUAUUCAUCGAUGGGAGCAACUUGCCAUGGGCGAAGCCGGGGUAUGAACGGUUUUAUGCAACAGGAGACAUUGUUCAGCGGAAUGCCGAUGGGUCCAUCACAUACAUCGGCAGAAGAGAUCUUCAAGUCAAACUCAACGGCUUCCGCAUCGAACUCGGCGAGAUCGAGUACAACAUUGAACAAUGCCCAUCCGUGGCCUCUGCCGUGGUUGACAAGAUUAGACUACAAGGUGGUGUCUCCGAUGCUCUUGUGGCUUUCUUCACUUUGACCGGGGAAGAGGCUCGCCAAGAGGAGCUUCUUCUGCCUGUGUCUUCCAAGAUCCGCGCCAUCAUUCAAGACGUCCAAACGCGGCUUGACGGCAAGCUACCUCCCUACAUGGUUCCACGAGCCUAUCUACCGCUUUCGCGUAUUCCACCUACCCUAAGCGGGAAGACGGAUCGGAAGUUGCUACAACAACUGGGAGCCCAACUGGCUCCGGAUCAGAUGCUUCUGUAUCAAGGCUCUUCGAGUGUGGUUCGAGAGCCUUCAACCGUCUUUGAACGAAUCUUGCAAGGACUGUGGGCUCAGGUCCUCAAGGUCGAUCCGAAGCAUUUGGGGCUGGAUACCCAGUUUACUCGCAUUGGCGGAGACUCGCUUCACGCCAUCAGCCUGGCUUCUCUGUGCCGCGGCGCUGGACUCAGACUCGAGGUUUCGGACAUUUUGCGAAUGCCACAACUAGAGCAAAUGGCCAGGCAUUUGGAAAGGAAUCAGUCAAAGCCCGAUGCCGUCGAGCGAGAGCACAAGAGCCAGACCGCUGCUAGGCAAAAGUGUGACCCUGAACUGAUGGCUCAAGUCUCUCAAGCCUGCAAUCUCUCUGUUAGUGACAUUGAGGAUGUGUAUCCAUGUACACCAACUCAAGAGGUACUCAUGGCUGCAACCGUGAGGCAACCUGGAGCGUACAUCGACCACAGCAUGUUCUCUGUUCCCUCAUCCACGGAUCUUCACAAACUCCGAGCCUCGUGGGACAUUGUUCAUCAGUCCAACCCCAUCCUCCGGACUCGAGUCUGUUCCGCCGUUAUGGACAAUCGGGUCCAAAUGGUUCAAGUCGUGACGCGCCGUCCUGGCGAGUGGAUUGACUCUGAUAUUGAAACCCCGGAGAUGGGACUUGGAACGUCCUUGAUGAGGUAUAGGCUUCGACCUUCUGAGAACGGCUUCAUCUUUGAGUUUUGGAGGCAUCACUCCAUCUUUGACGGCUUCUCCUCGGCAGCACUCUGGCAGGAUCUUGAGCACGCAUUCGCAUCAUCUGCACCACCCAAGGCCAGGCCCUCCUACCGCAAUUUUGUCGAUUUUGUGCAAGGUGCGGAUAAGGAAGAAGCUGCCACUUUCUGGCAAACCCAGCUCGAAGGACACCAACGAGAGGCUUUCCCUGCUAUUCCUUCUCCAGAUUAUGCCCCCGAAGCCCACUCCGCAACAAGUCAAACACUGGAGAGCACUCUGAGCUGGACUUCUGACAGUCCCUUUUCCUUCGCCACCGUUGCCCGAGCAGCAUGGGCCGUCAUCCUUAGCAUGAGGAGCCGCACUUCAGACUCGGAUGUUUGCUUCGCUGCCACAGUAUCUGGUCGUACUGCUCCCUUGGAAGGCAUUGAAGACAUUGUUGGUCCGACUAUCACCACCACACCCGUGCGCUUGCAGUUCAACCUCGACGACACCGUUUCUGACCUUCUGGAGCAUGUUCAUGACCAGUCCUUGUCAAUGCUUCCUUUCGAGCACUUUGGCCUAGGUCGUAUCCGACAGAUCAACUCUUCGGCCCGCGACGCCUGCGCAAGCGUGAACUUAUUGGUCGUGCAACCAAGCCAACUAGCAGAUGGAACUUUACCUCUCGGUUUGAAACGGAUGGUUGAAGAAGAGGCCGUUGAUGGACUCAGCGAGCCAUUUGGCCUCGUCAUGGAGUGCAGUCACAACCCAAUCACUGAUCAACUUUCUGUCUCAGCUGCCUACGAUCGCUCGCUGCUGACAGCACAUGAAGUAGCCCACAUCCUUCAACAGUUCCAACAGAUGAUUGGUAUUCUACAUCGUGGUGCUUGUGGAGCCUCAUCCAUCCGCGCCGCUCAGUGGGAACUGGCGGAGGGGGCUGAUCUUGAACGGACAAUCCGAUGGAACUCAUCUGAAGACACCUCUCCCCCAACACAGCUCCACAAGCUGGUCGAAGAAACCGCGAAGCGGUACCCCCAUCAGAUGGCAAUUGACUGCCACGAUGGGCAAAUGUCAUAUGCAGAGCUUGUCGCGGCUUCGGAAGCUCUGGCGUUCCACCUACAGGACGAAUAUGGUGUGAGACCAGGUCAUUUCGUGCCCAUCUGCACGGAAAAGUCACGGUUCAUGAUCAUUUCCAUCCUCGCUGUCAUGAAAGCUGGAGCAGGCUACGUUCCGCUUGACACGAACCAUCCCGAGGCACGCACAGAGCUCAUUCUCAACGAGAUUCAGGCCAAGCUUGUCAUUGUGUCUCCUCUGCAGGGUGCCCGCAAGCAAUUCCCAAUUCAAACACUAGUGAUCAGUCCGGAGCAUCUACAAACUCGAGCCUAUGUCAUCUUCACUUCAGGCAGCACUGGGACCCCCAAGGGCGUUGUCAUGGAACACAAAGCCGCCAGUCGAAGUAUUCUCGAGCAUGCGCAACGCUAUCAACACGCCAGUCAAGGCAUCCGACGCCGCUCUCUGCAGUUCAGUUCCUACACAUUUGAUGCGAGCGUGGUAGACAUUUUUGCUGUCCUCGCAUCUGGAGGCUGUGUCUGCAUCCCCUCUGAGAGCCAGGGCGUCGAUGUUCUCGAGAGCUUCAUUCAACAAAAGCAUAUCAACUUUGCCGAUCUCACUCCCACCGUCGCCAAUCUACUGGAGCCCUCCAACAUGCCCAGCCUGAAGACCCUUGCUGUUGGAGGCGAGAUGGCCAACCGUGCACUGCUACGCAAAUGGACGGGCCCCAGUUCACCAGUUGAACUAAUGCUCAACGCCUACGGUCCCACUGAAGCUGGUAUUGCAUGCGCCAUGGGCCAGCUCACGGCAACUUCGGCAGUUGGCCAGGUUGGGAGGCGAUUGGCCGCUGGACUCUGGAUUGUUGAUGACCUUGACCACAACCACCUCGUCCCUAUCGGUUCCGUGGGAGAACUUGUGGUAACGGGCUCGACUCUUGCACGUGGGUAUCUCAACGAUCCAGAGAAGACAAGCGCAGCGUUCCUGGAGAAUGCGUCUUGGCUAGCCAAGGUAGGUGAGCAGCGGCUUUACAAGACAGGUGAUCUUGCCCGGUUCGGUGUCGACGGGCAUGUUGAGAUCGUUGGCAGACGAGAAGACAUGCAGAUCAAGUUCCGAGGACUCAGAAUCGAGCUUGGUGAGAUUGAGACGGCAAUCGGUGCCUCGUCUUGGGCGAAGCUAAUCCAGCGUGUCGCUAUUGCCAAAAUGCACCGCGAUGAGAUUCCGAUUUUGACAGCCUUCGUCCAACUUGACGGUAGCCACGGAGGCCCCAUCGAGGGAUCCAUCUUUUGCUCGCCGUCGGAAGAUUUCCUAUCCUUCGUUGCAGCCACUCAACGGGACCUUCUAAAGCAACUACCGGAGUACAUGGUACCACAGCUCUGGCUUCCGGUCUUCACCUGGCCUUUGAUGGCAUCGAGCAAGACGGACCGCAAGAGACUCGUGGCUGAAGCUGAAGGCCUUACUUCGAAGCAUGUGUCCGAUUAUCAACGAGUGGCCCCAGUCAAGGAUCAAAGCACACCCUCGACAAAGCUUCACGAGACGGAAGAGGCGAUCAAGGAGGCAUGGCUUCAAGUCUUACACAAAGAUGCUGACUUUGACAUCCAACCUCAAGAUGACUUUUUCCGACUUGGAGGAGACUCUUUAACGGCCAUCAUGCUCGUUGCCGUCUUGCGACGCAGCGGGAUCUACAUCGCCGCCCAAGAUGUAUUUGCUGAGAAGACUCUUGCCGGUAUGGCUGCUCGUUGCCGUGGAGCUACUACGCGCCGUCGAAAUGCCUCGGAGAGCCCCGAUAGGUCUCCAGCCACGCCUGGCUCUUCCCUCAAGACUCCUCUCACGGAUGAUUCCUCUGAGACCUCCCCUUCAUCGCUAGACAUAUCACAUGGUGUCCGGUCCAGAAAUGUGAUGAAGCAUGUCAACCUCAAGUCAAGUUCUAGUCGAUUCCCAGUCGACCUAGAAAUGGUUGAGGUGGAGGCCAUCUACCCAGCAUCUUACACCCAGACGACGUUCCUGAUCGAAGCACAGAAAUGGCCACGCUCGUACUACGCAUGGACAUUCUUUGAGUUAGGCGAUGUCGUUGCGCCCAGCCACGCGCAAGCCGCUUGUCAAACAUUGGUUGACCGUCAUCCCAUCUUGAGAACCAGCUUCCAUCUCAAACACGGCCGAUGCUUCCAAGCGGUACAUACCACGGGAUCCAGAGUUGACUUCAAGGUCAUGAUGUCACAGAGCCUACCAGAUAAGAUGUGCUCCGUCAUCGACAAGGACAUCGAUCAACCUGUUCGAUUCGGUCAGAUCCCCACGCGGUUCAGACUCUUGAUCGACCCUGAGAGCGGAGUUCGAACAAUUGCCAUGGGCCUAUCUCAUGCUCAAUACGAUGGCUUUUCACUGACAACUAUCUUCAACGAUCUCCGGUCAGCCUACUGCGGCCUCCUCACUGGUCCUACUGCUUCACCAGGCUACCAUCGUUUCAUCCAGCAUACACUUGAGCUUUCCAACGAAGCGACGGACACCUUCUGGCGGGAGCUGCUACUUGACUCCACUUUGACUAUGGUUUCUGACCUGCCCCUAUCAACGCAACAACCUGUCAUGAGCGACAGUUGGAUGCAGACCAUCCCUUUCCAGUUCAAAAAGCCCCAUCGCGUGGGUUACAAUUACGGAACACUGCUGAAGGCUGCCUGGGCUCUCACACUAUCGGCUGUCUCUGGAUCAACUGAUGUGGCAUUCUGGAAUCUUGUUUCUGGACGGUUCGCGCCUUUCGAAGGUGCGCAAGAGGUCGUUGGACCUUGCAUCAACUUUGUCCCCGUUCGAGUCCGGUUCAACGCGAGUCAACUUGUGUCGGAUCUUGUCGGCAGCAUCCACAAACAGCAGAUCCAGAGUAUUCCGUUUGAGGCUACACCAACCAACCGCAUCAUCAAGCAGGGUCAGUGGCCCAGAUCUUCAUCGAGCCUCGGUACAAUCUUCCAGUACCAGAACAUUCCGGAUCCCAAGGAGCCUACGGUUGCGGCCAACACACCGUGGACAAUCAAGGGCAGUGCCGUUUAUGGCGGUGGUCUUUUGCAGUCCGGGGCAUGCUGGCUGUUGGCAUGGCCAGAGAAAGACGGGCAAUCGUCAUUCCGAUUCACCUACAGUCCCCAGACUCUCUCGUCGACCGCAGCCAAGUCUCUCGUUGGCACAUAUCUCAGUCUUGUUUGUGCCAUCAAUGAUCUGCCCGAACAGACGGUGGCUUCCAUCCUGCACCCCGCAUCCAAGCCAUUAUCGGCUCGGGCACCAGAGCCCCUUCAAACACAACACUCUGCCACCGAGAUCACAGGCUCGGCACAGUCCAUGUUAACUCAAAUUGAGUCCUCUUGGAAAGAAGCUCUUGAGAUAUCACACCCCAUCGAUCUCGAUCAAUCGUUCUUUGACUUGGGUGGAGAUUUUCUGAAGGCAGCCGAGCUGGCAGGCCAUUGCGAAAAGGCGGGUUUCGACUUGAGGAUGCAGGAUUUUCUCGACUUUCCCACUCUGCGCCUUCAGAUACUUCUUCUGUUGGGUCAUGUCUCCCGUCCAGAACGAACAGUGCCGAAGUUGGAGUUCCGAUCCGCUAGUGAGCUUUCUUAA